CAUAUAGUGAAUAUAAAAACAGUCGAGCUCUGGUAGCUGGCGUCUUGAGAAGGCAUUUUACGGAGAGAAUGACGUUUUCCUUCUCAAUGGUUGUUUUCAUAAUCUUGACCUUGACCUCUCGAAUAAUUUCAAACGGUCUCGCCGCCGCUGUGCAGGAUAAAGUAAGCAUCACCACUUAUACUAAUAAUUCGAUAUUAUUGGCACGUGCAACACAACUGUUGAAUAAAAUUGAUGGUGAAUAUGGCCAGUGGAAUAAUAAAUUAACCCUAGCCUCUUGGGAGUAUGCGUCAAAUUUAACAGAUGCCAAUCUUGAGAAACAACUCAAUGUUUCGGCACAGUUUGCAAAUUAUGUGAGACAAAUGACCAUGGAAAUCAAUGAUUUUCCAUGGCAUACUAUUGAGGAUAAAAAAAUAAAAAGACAAUUUAAAAAACUUUCGAGCCCUGGAGCAUCGGCCCUGUCCAAGGACAAGUAUGCUGAGUACAGUGAGAUCACCAGUAGAAUGGAAAACAUAUAUGCAACAGCUAAAAUAUGUGACUUUGAAAAUCCAUUCAACUGUAAUUUGGCAUUAGAGCCCAACUUGACAGAAAUAUUAAUAAAGAGUCGUAAUCCUGAUGAACUAAAGUAUGUGUGGAAGGCAUGGAGAGACGCAAGUGGAAAAAAAAUGAAAAAUUACUUUAUACGAUACGUUCAACUGAGCAAUGAAAUAGCGAAAUUGAAUAAUUAUACUGAUAUGUCUGCAUAUUGGUUGAAAGAUUAUGAGGCCGAUGAUUUCACUGAACAUAUUGAAGCCCUGUGGCAACAAUUAAAACCCCUCUAUUUAGAAAUUCAUGCAUAUAUUCGACACGCACUACGUUUAAAAUAUGGAGAGGAUUUAGUCCCCAGGGAUAAACCAAUUCCGGCACAUCUUUUUGGUAAUAUGUGGGCACAAAGUUGGGCAAACAUCGCGGAUAUGGCAACUCCCUGUCCAGGUAAACAACUGCCAGAUGUUAGUGAUGCAAUGGUUGAACAAGGAUUGAAUGCGACCGGUAUUUUUCGCAUAGCAGAGGAUUUUUUUACUUCUGUUAAUCUCAGCGCAAUGCCCGAUAAAUUCUGGAAGAAUUCCAUCUUAGAAAAACCCGACAAUGUUGAAUUGGUUUGUCAUGCAAGUGCUUGGGACUUUUACGAUGGCAAAGAUUUUCGAAUAAAACAAUGUACAAGAAUUAAUAUGGAAGAUUUGUUGACUGCCCAUCAUGAAAUGGGACAUGUACAGUAUUUCCUUCAAUACAAAAAUCAACCAACCGUUUACAAGGAAGGAGCUAAUCCAGGAUUUCACGAGGCAGUGGGAGACACUAUUGCACUGAGUGCAUCAACUCCAGAGCAUUUUAAAAAAAUUGGAUUGCUUGAGCAGGAUGCAUCAACUGACAAAGAUGCUCUCCUCAAUCAUCUUUACAUUACUGGGCUUGAAAAAAUAGUCUUUCUUCCCUUUGCUUAUAUGAUGGACAAGUGGCGAUGGGGUGUCUUUCAAUCGCACAUACUUCCUGACACUUACAACUGUCAAUGGUGGAAUCUGGCUGAAGAAUUCCAAGGUAUUACUCCACCUGUUCCACGAAGUGAACAAGAUUUUGACCCUGGUGCAAAAUACCACAUAAUUGCUAAUGUCGAGUACAUUAGGUACUUUGUCAGCCAUGUAAUCCAGUUUCAAUUUCACAAGGCGCUCUGCAUUCAUGCCGGACAAUAUAAUCCAUCAAAUAUAACGGCCAAAUCAUUGAGCGAGUGUAAUAUUUAUGGAAAUGUCAAAGCUGGAAAUUUAUACCGAUCCAUGUUAGAGCUUGGAUCUUCGGUGCCGUGGCAAGAUGCUAUGGAAAAAAUGACCGGCCAAAGGAAAAUGGAUGCUAGCGGGCUUUUGGAAUACUUCAGACCUUUGCAAAUGUGGCUUGAGGCUGAGAAUAAAAAGAAUGGCGAACACAUUGGUUGGACAACAAGUAACAAGAUUUGCACAGCAAAACACUAGACUAAAAGUUUACAAUGAUACAGUACAUAGAAAAACUAUCGAGAUAAUAUUAUUUCGAAGAAAAAAAAAUCCAACUUUUAUUCAAUAUAAUAACUUUUCGAUAAAUAUAAUAUAGCAAAGGAAAUUUUUACCAAUUGUAAGACAAAAUGAAACAACUUACUAUUGAUGAUAUCUCUUUUGUCUGUAAAGUUGGGUAAAAUUUUACAUACUUUAUUUUCCACGUCCUCGGCCUCGUUUACUCGCUGGUUUCAUCUGACUCUUGCUCGUGGACGCAAUGGCCUUACUUGUAAUUGGUUUUUUAGCCUAAAAUAAUAAUCAAUCAGAGCACGAAUAUCAUUAAUUAGACAGAGUAAUAAAUAAAUAAAUAAAAUUACAAAUUUC